AUGGGGGCAGGCCGCCGGCUGAGCCCCUGCUCCGCUCACCCCGGCCUUUCCCGGGCCCUCUCCCUGGCGCCCCCUGCUGUGGUGGCUAAGCUGAGCCCCCCCAAGGUGCAGCCCUUCGAGGCCAUCCCGCGCAACGGGCACAAUGCCUGGCUCAACCUCUUCCAGUUCUGGAGGACCAACGCUUUCCAGAACUUCCACCGCGUCAUGGACAGGAACUUCCAGCACCUGGGACCCAUCUACAGCUUUGACAUUGUCCGGAAAAGAGAAGCCGGACGCCUCCCCACCCGGGAGAGCCGAGGGGACGUAAUGGCCGUCCGUUCCUCCUCCUUCUCUUCCAGGCUCUACCCCGUGGGCAUCACCAUCCAGCGCUACCCUCUACGCGAUGUGGUGCUCCAGAAUUAUUGCGUGCCAGCUGGUACGCUGUGCCAGGUGGGGCUCUACUCCAUGGGCCGGAGCCCGGCGGUGUUCACGGAGCCCGAGCAGUACAGGCCGUCCCGCUGGCUGGGCAAGGAGGACCACAGCUUCAAGGCGCUGGCUUUCGGCUUCGGCUCCCGCCAGUGCAUCGGGCGCCGGCUGGCGGAGGCCGAGAUGGCGCUCUUCGUCAUGCACAUCUUGAAGAACUUCAAGAUUGACACCGUCUCCAAGGAGGACCUCCGGACCGUCUACAGCUUCAUCCUGAAGCCGGAGAAACCUCCUCGGCUCACCUUCCGCCCCAUCGACUAGGGGGCCUCCUGCC